GUGCCAGCUCUCACUUCAUCGAACAACAAGGAGGGGUUGAAGACUGGAGACGUUUGGUUCUUUAAAAGCCUCCAGAAACCGGACCGGGUCACUCCUGCUGGUUUCACACAGACUGACUGAGGCGACAAGAUGAACGCUGUGCAGAUUCUUACUUUGACUAUGCUGUUUGCUGCUGGAGGCAGCGCCCAACUUCUCAGGUCUGGAAAAUGUCCCGAUCCUGCAGUCCAGGCCAACUUUGAUGCUGCCAGGUAUCUUGGUAAAUGGUUUGAGAUCCAGAAGCUGCCAACAACUUUCCAGAAAGGUCAGUGUGCCACUGCCGACUACAGCCUGAAGAGUCCUGGAGUCGUGGGAGUCUUCAACAGAGAGCUGCUUGACAAUGGAACCAUCAGCUCUGCUGUUGGAACGGCUAAAGUGAAGGACCCUGCUGAGCCGGCCAAGCUGGAGGUCUCUUUCUCUGACGACGUUCCUCCCGGUCCGUACUGGGUUCUGUCCACUGACUACGACAGCUACACGCUGAUCUACGGCUGCACGGACUACGGCCUGUUCCACAUGGAGCUGUCCUGGAUCCUGAGCAGGAAGCCCACUCUGCCCAAAGAUACCACUGAGGACCUGCUCAGCAUCUUGUCCUCCAUCGGUGUCAGUGUGGACAAGAUGGCCGCCACCGUUCAGGACGAGACUUACUGCAGUCCCAUGAACCAGUGAGACGGAGUCGUGUUGAAAAAGCCUCCCUAUGAUGAGCAUCAUCUUAUUUAAAAAAAAUGUGUCU